AUGUUCAUCGAAUUAUUUAUAUUAUUGAUAGUUUUAAUAAGUGUAUAUGAAAUAUUAUUUUAUAUACAAAAUCGUCCAUUCUUUUUGUUAGCAAAACAAUUAAAUGGUCCAAUAUCAUUGCCAAUAUUGGGUAACGCACAUUUAUUUCGUGGAACGACACAAGAUAUCCUUACCAUGAUCAAAUAUUUAAUGCACAAAUAUCAAAGCCCAAUGAAAUUAUGGUUUGCAUACCGAUAUUAUACAGUUGUUUUUGAACCACAACAUGUUGAAAUUGUUCUAAAUAAAGCUUUGGAAAAGGAUAAAACGUAUGAAUUAACGAUUCCAUGGACUGGUACAGGCUUAUUUGCAGCACCAGUAUCCAAAUGGAGAGUACAUCGAAAAAUUAUCCAACCAACAUUCAACAUGAAAAUGAUUGAAAGUUUUAUGGAUGUAUUUGUAAUACAAAGUGAAAUUUUGGUAAAAAUCUUGGAAAAACAAUUGACUAAGAAUUCGUUCGAUGUGUUCAAGUAUAUGAGUCCAUGUACUUUGGAUAUUAUUUGUGAAACGGCCAUGGGUUAUAAAAUUUCAGCACAAUUGGGUGGGAAUACAGAAUAUGUUCAUCGUGCCAUGAGGCAAUUGAAAAUAGAAUUUGAGCGGAUAACUAAAGUAUGGCUUCAAAAAGAUUUCAUAUUUAAUUUGACGGCCGUAGGGCGUGAACAGAAGGAAAAUGUGAAAUUUUUACAUAGUAUUACUGAUAACGUUAUCAAAAAGAAAAUGGGUGAAUAUAUGCAACGUCGGCAGAAAACUUACCAGGAAGAAAAUCAUGAAGAUAACGAUGACGGAUUAUUUUCGAGACGAAAAGCAUUUUUAGAUUACUUAAUCGAAUUAGGAGAUUCUGGAUUCAAGUUUUCUGAAACAAAUCUACGAGAAGAAGUUGAUACAAUGAUGAUUGCGGGAAACGAUACGACUGCAUCUGUGAAUAGUUUCGUUUUAAUGGUUUUAGGAAUGUAUCAAGAUAUUCAAGAAAAAGUUUAUGAAGAAAUCUAUGAUAUCUUCGGUGAAUCCGAUCGGCCAUGCACAAAUGAAGAUGUAAAACGAAUGACUUAUUUAGAAAUGGUGAUAAAGGAAACAAUGCGUAUCUUCCCACCGGGUGCUGUAAUAAUGCGUUCUAUAACAACGGAUUUAAAAUUGACUGAUACAAUUACACUGCCAAAAAAUAGUGGAGCUAUCAUUGGCAUAAUAGCAAUACAUCAUUCACCAAAAAUUUAUCCAAACCCAUAUAAAUUUGAUCCAAAUCGAUUUUUACCCGAAGAAAUUGCUAAAAGACAUCCGUAUUCAUUUUUACCGUUCAGUGGUGGGCCUAGAAAUUGUAUUGGAUUAAAAUAUGCUUAUCAAUCCAUGAAAUGUGUUUUAUCAACAAUUCUAAGAAGUUAUAGGAUUUAUUCAAAUGAAAAUAUUGAAACCAUUCCAUUAAAAUUGGAAAUAUUUAUGAAACCAGUGAAUGGUUACCAAAUUCGUAUUGAAAAAAGGCGUAAAUUAUAA